AUGAGCCAACAGCAGCCUGCCAACAGCGACCCGGCGUUCCAGCAGGGCGAGCACGACGACGACAAUGCCACCUUCACCGUCGAUGACGUGGCCGAGGUGGUGCCGGACGACGACGAGCAGGGCGUGCCCAUGGACGAUGACUCGGAUGACGAGCACGGCCAGGGCGCUGCAGGGCCCGCCGACGAAGGCGAGCAGGACAUGACCGACGGCCAGCAGGAGUUUGUCGACAACUCGAUCGCCGCCUUCUACUCGCACCGCAAGUCGCUCUUCUGCAUCGCGCUCCACCCCAACUUCCCCAGCCCGCCACUGGCGCUCAGCGGCGGAGAGGACGACGGCGGCUGGAUCUGGAACACCCAGGACGGAUCCGAGAUUGCCCGCCUCGGCGGCCACACCGACAGCGUGACGGCCGCCUCGUUCAACGCCGCCGGCGACCUCGCGGCCACCGCCGGCAUGGACGGCAAGAUCCGCGUCUGGCGGAUGGUGGGCGCCGACUGGAAGACGUGGGAGUUCCUCACCAACCUCGAGGGCCCGGACGAGGUCGUUUGGAUGGACUGGCACCCCAAGGGCAGCGUUCUCUCGGCCGGCGGCGCCGACUCGACGGUCUGGAUGUGGCAACUACCGUCCGGCAACGUCAUGAACGUCUUUUCGGGUCAUACGGAAGCCGUCACCUGCGGAUCGUUUACGCCUGAUGGCAAGAAGCUGGUCUCUGGCUCAGAGGACAGAAGCUUGAUCGUGUGGGACCCGCGCAACGCGACACCGCUGUCGAAGCUGCAGGUCAACCUCGAAGGCGGUCUGACGCAGCUCGCCGUCUCGCCCGACUCCAAGGUGGUCGUCGUCGGCGGUGCCGUCGGCGACGUCCGCGUCGUCAACAUCGCCGCCAUCGACAACGGCGGGUCCGCCAACGUCGUCAGCGCCCUCGUCGGGCAUGCCGAGGGCGAGUCAAUCGAGGGGAUCCAGUUCAUCGACGUUGGCGGCGGGAGCCGGACGGGCCACGUCAUCACGGCGUCGACCGAGGGCAAGGCCGUGGUCUGGGACAUUUCGCUGGCCAAGAUGCGUUGCGAGGUGCUCCACGACGCCGCCAUCACGUCGAUCGCGCUGCACCACGGCACCACGCUCUUUUCGACGUCGUCAGCCGACCACACGAUCAAGACCUGGGACGCGCGGACGGGCGCCUGCAUCGCCGUGCAGCGCGGAUUCACCGACGGCGUCCUCGCCCUCGCCGUCGGCAAGGACGACGGCUUCACCCAGGGCGCCGAGAGCGGAGGCAUCGGCGCCUACGCCGACCCCUCCAAGGCGCGCGGCUGGAAGAUUGUCGGCGCGGGCGACGAAGGCGUCGGCCUCGUCUUCCGGGUAUAA